CGGCGGCCAGGCCGGCACUGGGCACCGCGCCUGUGAGCGAAGCCAUGCGGCAUGCCGGCAUGCAGCGCAUCCUCGCAGCCCUGAGAGGGAGCCCUGCGGGGAGUGGUGUGGACGAAGCCCAUCUGGCAGCAGCUGCACAGGUGAUGGAGCAGGAGUGCUACUCCACCAGCGCCAGCAAGCCAGUCUACCUGAGCAAGCUGGCUCACAGCAGCAGCGAGGCAAAGGCCCUGUCAUCAGCCGCAGAGCUCCUGGCAAAGGCUUCAACAGGAGCAGCGACAGGCGCACAAUCCCCAGAUGCUGCCAGCCUUUCUGGAAAGCAACACCGAAUCGCCAGCAGACACGCCCAGCCGCCAAGGGCAGAUGGGACAGAAGAGGAGAGCAGUGGCAGGCGCUUGCAUGAGAUGUGCACUUCCAUUGAAGCAUGUGUGGCGAGUGGAGGGCCAUUGGAUCCUGGGGUCGCAAAGGUUGUGUUGGAGCAAUUGAGUGUCAUGAGAGAUGCGCGAGUAACUGCGUCGCUUCUGAGGGAGACGGGCAUUGGGCACAGAGUGAAGGCGCUCAGCAAGAGGCCUGACAAGGUCAUAGCCGCAGCAGCAAAGGAUGUCAUUGCCGCUUGGAAGAUGACGAUAUGUAAAGCCAGUUCAUGACUC